AUGGAGGCUGAUGCUGUGGCUUGGCAUCCUCCCAGCGAUUUGUCCGCGAAAGACACGAAAGACGUCUGUAACGAGGAACACUCGCCCUCACACACUCGCUCCGGCCUCGAUCACAGACCAGGAGACCCCUGGCGAGCUGCACUGUUGACAGGACAUGGUUUCCGAGAACUAGACGUCCUUCUGGCUCUCUGCAAAGCAGCAGGGUCAGUACAGCGGCCUGACCAUGCGGCAAAGCUCGUCUCGCUCCUUGCGGGCUGUCUCCCGACCGUCCACACCCUACGGAUACACUCGUCCCCUUUCCUGCACACCUCUAGGCCUUCGCCUUGGGAGACCUUGACGCAUGACGUCGUUGCGGCGCUCCUCUCUCUCGGGUCUAGGCACAAGUCGCUACGGGAUGACGUUCAUGAAGCUGUUGACGAAUACCUGGAGAACUGUCACCAGGCAACAGAGAGACUACCGGCAUUCUUCGACGCCGAGGGGACAGGGAUACAUGUCGAUAGCCACGAAGCUACAGACGUGGCGGCUCUGACGGUGUCUCUUGUCGGGUUUCUCAGGGGUUCCGCCGAGUUCCCGCACUUCUGGACACCCUUGGACCGCCUUGCUAUCAUAAAGCAGCUACAUAUUAUACUUUCGGAGCGUUUCCUGGUGGCUGUAGAGACCAUCUCGUCUAGUAUACGGAAUUCCCGCUCACCGGAUCCCUUAUUGCAUGACUGGAGACGGUAUACCCGUCAGUAUGCCGCUGAUGGACGGCCCCUUGGCUCGAUGAUGCUGCAACAGGCAUUCAUGGGUUUCCUGAAGUCGUGCACAUCUCCCAUUGAACGUGACGGAACACAGGUUUCUGACGACACCCUUCUAUGCCGUUAUGCAGAUGGUGGCUAUGUAGCCAAAAUGACUGACCGUGGCAUGGACGGCCUCGUGAAAUACGCCGCAGAGAUCGCAAAUGACCAGAUCCACCUCCUCGAAGAGGGGUCGGACUACCUGCAAGUUAGCUCCGCCUGGCAACAACGCCUUGCAUUCUCAGUCAAGGCGUUGUCUAUAAUGUGCUCUAUCAACUGCAUCAUGGUUGAUGAGGAUUCCGUGGAUCUAGAUCUGCUGUUCACAUCCCUGGAGAACACCAUCCUGGACGCGGAUCAGAUGGUGAACCGGGAACUGGCAACAGUUGUCCUAAAAUCUGCCGUCGUUCUAGCAAGGUUAUCUCGAGGCAGUGCAACCGGCCUGACUCGCUCCCUUCUUCGAUUCAUCGUGCAAAACGGCCAAAGUAGCCCGGUAGUUGCACUCGGAGCCCAAUGUUUGGCCCAGAACCUCCGUCUCCUCUCCCAGGAUACCAUCAUUGGCACGCUAUACUCCCUGGGGAACGUGCUUAGCUCCGGCCCCGGGGCCGACAAAACUGCUACAACCCUCACUCCUGAGCCGGGCACUGCCUAUUCCAAUUCUAUUGAGCCGCGUUCCCAUCCGACGAAUGAGAGUUUUCUAUCCCUCGCUAUUGAUGGCGAAGGUGACUCGUCUAUUACGGCUAGGAAUGUGGUUCACGCCAUUAUGACAAUUGCCACUAGUAGCGAAGACAGCAAGAUAGUUGCCCUUGCACAGUCUAUGCUGGUGCAGAAGAUUGGUAAAGUAAAUGUUGUAGUUGAUGCAUACAUCAUUCAAGAAACGGCAGCUCUUUCGCUGAAGAGUGAGCCUGCGGAGUUUCACUUACUGCUGAAGUUUUACUCUCGUUUGCUGCGAGAUACUUUUGCUCAGGGGAAUAACUUGAUGAUUGAGGCGAUCCAUAAAGCAAGAAACCAUCUUGCCGCCCACCUCGACCCAAGCAGUGAACUAUUCAAAAUCUACUUGGUAUAUCUACUUGAGAGUAUCGUCAACCAGGGAGCUGCCGUUGAGCGUGAAAAGAUCCACCCGGAAGACAUAGAGUCCACAGCUAAGCAGAUUGUGCCAAUUCUCAAACCCCUCGCAAUCCUUUUAGCCAGAGCAGGCCGCCUGGAGAACUUGCCAGCAGGUGUAUGUGACAAUGAAGACAUCACGGAUAUGCUACGGGAUGCGUGGUUCAACAUCGCCGCCCACGACAUCUCUCUUAGAUCCGAGCUCGGAAAGGAGAAUUAUGAACAACUCCGUAUCUUGGCCGAACACUCGCCCCCUCUUGUGUCUGAGAACCGUGCCGAACUGUUGGAAAGCGAUAUUGAGCUGAACACAGUUCUAAGGCGUGGCCAGAGCCCUCACACAACAAUCGACAAGAAGAAGAACCUGUCUGCAGAGUUGCCUGCGCAAGAAUAUGACAUUCGACGCUUGAAUUAUCCCAAGGCACUCUUCCUUAACGCAGCAUUGUUAAUCGAAACUCUCCGCGCAAACUCUGGCGAUUGCACAAAGGUCUUUACCUACUUCCUAGACCCGACCCUGAAUACCUCCGAAAUGGGCAAUUGCAUGAGAGCCAUCGCCGAUAAAGUCGUUACCAUUUAUUUGGAGAAAGCUCUAAGGAGCACUGCCAUCAAAUUCUCAGCACCCUACAUCGCCAAGCAGUUGGCCGACACCUUUACCGCAUGCUGCCAUCGCAUUGCUCAAGUCCAGCAAGCUGCCGCCAUGGCAGCUAAUAAAAUAAUCACGCAGUGUCCUUCAGCUUUAUGCCAGAAACUGUCUCUCUUCACUCUUCUGGACCUGCUUACUCUGCUUUGGUCAUCAUGCAUGGAUGAGGAAACGGAUGAAUUUGCUUGGAAAUCUACGUUCACCUCAGAUAGACGAACAGUUCAAAUUGUGUUAUCGGACAACUACGAUUUCAGAAGGCGCACCCUGAAAAAUGUUCAUAAUUCCGCUCGUACUUGGAUUUCAAGUGUUAUGAAUAUGGCACCGUUGGAUAUCAAGGGUCUACUCCAGACUUACUUAUCUGAUUAUGACGAUGAUGGUGUAUACGGCAACAUAACCAUGGGUCGCUCGUUGGCACUUGAGAUGGGCUCGGCCAUUCCCCUGGCUGACCAAAGACUAGGAUCAAUUGACCAUCCUGGUGGUACUGUUUUAAACGUUGCUUCCGAUUUUAUAUCCCAGUAUACGACUCGCCAGGAGUAUCGCUAUUCCGAAGCAGGGCCCGCACGUCAAGGAAAACUACCUUUAGAGAUAACUUAUGGCCAAAGCACCACGGCUCAGACAACAGACUAUCCUGAGACCGUGCAAGAAGCCCUCGCCGCCCUAGAGAAACAGAUACGAACAGACAAGCAUAUGUCACUGGACCUACCACGACACAUCCUUCGACGCACUGCUGCCCUGCUUUGUAACACUUAUGAUAGCCACCCGGCAAUUAUUGCUCAUCUGGUCAAUAUCCCCUUCCAGAUCUUUACCAAAGAGUCCAUUAGGAUGGGUAUCGCAUUGUGGCUUGGGGUGAUCAACGAGAAACCAGCCAUGGAGUCAAGGAUCCUAGUAGAAGUUGCACAAGCAUGGGAACGUACUAUUCGUCGCAAACAAGGGAUCUUUGACCCGAACUUCAAACACAAGAAUCCUUUCAUGACGAAGCUUGAAUCGUCACCCUCAGAUAAGGAAGCGAUCCUCAGACGUCACAGGAAAGCCCAGAAUAAAAUAGCCCCUCAUUUCCUAAUCUUGCAGUUCCUAGAAAGCCAUUUUAAUGCGAGCAGGCUGGGCAGCUUACAUACCCAGCGAGUGUUCAGACGCCUAGUCAGCGAGACAUUAAUUGCCAUGAGAGAUUCAACUGCCCACCCGUUAGCGCGCGAGAUUCAUUUCCAUGUCAUACUGUUUAGUUUGAAAGUACUACGCAGCUGCUCGGGACAAAACAACGUUGGGCUAUGGAAACUCAAAGAUCAAAUCCUCUCGGCUGCGUUGAGUUGGUUUAGCCGUUCUCCAAGAUGGUCGUUUGGUGGAAACCGCUUACAGCUCAAAGCGGAAGAUCAGGUCCUUCAUGAUAUAGAAUCUAUCCUGGAAACUGUAUCUUGGAAGGAGGCGGUAGAUUCAAAAUCUCGCAGGUCUCUGCAAUUGAAACAUGAUUUACUCCUGAUACUGAUUGGCAAUGAACGGUCUCGGCUAAAAGUUUGGCUUUCUCCCCUCGACCAGGAAAGAAAGUCGUACUUCUUUUAUGGAGCUGGCAAUAAAGCUGUCACUGAGGAGACUGUAACAGGGCUACUUCGACUAGCGUGGACCGAAAAUCCAAGCCUAGCAUUCCAGUUAGGCUCACGAUUCCCGUCCGCGAAACUCCGAAAUGAUAUCAGAUGGCUUUUGCUCAAUUUCCCCGAGAAGGCACUCAAAGAACCGAAUGCACUGGAAAUAUUACUUGGAUCAUCUCUCCCCGAGGAUGUUUCAUUCCAACUCAAGUACCUCCUCUACUGGGAACCAAUCGACCCCAUCUCUGCCGUGACUUAUCUCUUGCCGUCGUACGGAAAUCACCCAUUCAUCUUGCAGUAUGCCAUGCGGUCCCUCGAGAGCUUCCCUGUCGACGUCGGCCUUUUCUAUGUUCCCCAGCUCGUGCAGGCUUUACGAUACGAUGCAUUAGGAUAUAUAGAACGCUACCUUUUGAACACUGCUCAACUUUCGCAGAUGUUUGCUCAUCAGGUCAUUUGGAACAUGAAAGCGAACGCCUACAAAGAUGAAGACUCGCAGAUCCCUGAUCCACUUAAACCUGUGCUUGAUAGAUUCAUGGAUACUGUCAUCGCAAGUUUCACAGAUGAAGACCGAGAGUUCUACGAACGGGAAUUUGCAUUCUUCAACGAGAUUACUGGUAUAUCUGGAAAGCUUCGACCGUUCAUAAAGCAUACCAAACAAGAGAAAAAGGAAAAGAUUACCGAAGAGCUACGAAAGAUCAAAGUUGAAGUUGGCGUGUACCUGCCCAGUAACCCUGACGGUGUCGUUGUCGGGAUUGACCGAAAGUCUGGCAAGCCUCUGCAGAGUCAUGCCAAGGCACCUUACAUGGCAACAUUCCGAAUCAAGAAGACCAGAAGCCUUGAAGAUGGUAGCAAUACCGUCACUCCUGCAGAAGUGAAUAAGGAAGAAGAAGCUUUGCAACUGUCGCAGGUUAAUGAAUCGACCAUACAAAACAAACGAGCAAGCCUAGCAUCCCAAGCAGCGACAUAUGAAGUGUGGCAGUCUGCUAUCUUCAAGGUGGGAGACGACUGUCGACAAGACGUUCUUGCUCUUCAAAUGAUCGCUGCAUUCCGCGAAAUCUUCUCCAGCGUCGGAUUAGAUGUCUUUGUCUACCCCUACCGUGUCGUGGCAACUGCCCCAGGGUGCGGAGUAAUCGAUGUCCUGCCCAACUCAAUAUCUCGAGACAUGCUAGGCCGUGAAGCUGUCAACGGGCUAUACGAUUACUUCGUAUCGAAAUAUGGAGGAGAGCAAUCGAUAAAAUUCCAGGAAGCCCGAAGCAACUUCGUCAAAAGUAUGGCUGCGUAUUCCGUCAUUUCAUACCUGCUACAGUUCAAAGAUCGACAUAACGGAAACAUCAUGAUCGACGACGCAGGCCAUAUCCUCCAUAUCGACUUUGGAUUCUGCUUCGAUAUCGCGCCAGGUGGAGUGCGAUUUGAACGUGCUCCGUUUAAAUUAACUACGGAAAUGAUCGCUGUCAUGGGCGGAUACCAUCCACCUACAUCAACCGCCGCGUCAGUUCCCGCUUCGGGCGCUGCCCCAACGGCCGCCCCCACAGCAUCACACAAUGCCGGGUCCCAGUCGUACCGCUGGUUCGAGUCGCUUGUGGUAAAGGCCUUCCUCGCCUCAAGGCCAUAUACCACAAAACUCUCACAUAUCGUCACUCUAAUGCUGGACAGCGGGUUGCCUUGCUUCACGCCCAACACACUGACUAAUUUCCGUGACCGGUUCGUGUUGGAGAAGAGCGAGCAGGAGGCAGCGCAGUAUAUGAGGGAGCUGAUUAGGAAGAGCUAUGCUAGCAUGUCGACCAAGGGCUAUGACCAGUUCCAGUUGUUAACCAACAACAUCCCUUACUGA